UUCUCCGUUCUUUGCUACAGUGAAAUCCCAAUAGAAAAGUUGCGUCUUUGUCAAACCUCUAACCUUGUAUUAUGGGGCCUAAACCCUACUAAUCCUCUCUCCACUCUCCUUUCAUCCUCCACUUUACCGAGCUAAUGCCAGCUCGAUGCUCUCGAACACGCUUUGGCAAUUUGUUGAUCCCGUAAAGCCUCCCCUCGCUGCUCAGCAUCGCCGUAAUCAUUCACGCCAAGCUAGUUUGCGAAUUUCAGCAAGAUCAUGGAAGGGGCAGGCACUGAUUUUCAUAUAUGAGAACUUUUCUCUCCUGUUUUAUGAUGCUGCUGUUCUUCGAAGAAGCCUGUUUCUCUCUCACAAAUUGUUUAUUUUUCAUCAAAAGAGCUCAGAAUGGCUUGAUAUUAUCAUAGAUAUUAAGUAAUAUGAAAAGGCCUUUAUACAUUCAAGGUCUUCUGUCGGGAUCAACCCAAUCAGAGGAGUCUACAUUGGAAGCUGAAAAAAAAUUAUGUUGUCACCCAAACCUGCCUUCCUGUAGCCCUUCUACUCUUCAGCCAUAUGCAUCAGGAGGCCAACACUCUGAAAGUAAUGCUGCAUAUUUCUCAUGGCCUACAUCUACCCGUAUGCAUGACUCAGCGGAAGGCCGGGCUAACUAUUUUGGGAACCUUCAGAAAGGAGUCCUUCCAGGUAAUCCAGGGCGCCUACCGAGGGGUCAACAAGCAACAACAUUGCUUGAUUUGAUGACAAUCAGGGCAUUUCACAGUAAAAUCUUGCGGAGAUACAGUCUUGGCACGGCAGUAGGCUUCCGUAUUCAGCAGGGUAUGCUAACUAGUAUACCUGCAAUUCUGGUUUUUGUUGCCCGUAAAGUUCACCAGAAAUGGCUUAACAAGAUCCAAUGUUUGCCAUCUAUCUUAGAGGGGCCAGGAGGUAUAUGGUGUGAUGUGGAUGUCGUUGAAUUUUCUUACUAUGGUGCACCUGCACCAACUCCCAAAGAACAGUUGUAUACCAAGCUUGUGGAUGGUUUAUGGGGAAGUGAUCCAUAUAUUGGUUCAGGUUCGCAGGUGGCAAGCCAAGAAACUUACGGAACUCUGGGUGCCAUUGUGAAAAGUAGGACAGGAAGCAAACAGGUUGGUUUUCUUACGAACCGGCAUGUUGCAGUUGAUUUGGAUUACCCUAACCAGAAGAUGUUUCACCCCUUACCACCUAAUCUUGGGCCUGGGGUCUACCUUGGUGCUGUGGAAAGAGCUACUUCAUUCAUCACAGAUGAUUUAUGGUUUGGGAUCUAUGCUGGAACCAACCCAGAAACCUUCGUUCGUGCUGAUGGGGCGUUCAUUCCGUUUGCUGAUGACUUUGACAUGUCAAAUGUGACCACAUUGGUUAAGGGAGUGGGUGAGAUCGGGGAUGUUAAGGUUGUGGACUUGCAGUCUCCAAUCAACAGUCUUAUUGGAAGGCAAGUGGUGAAGGUUGGAAGGAGCUCUGGUUUGACUAAUGGAACAGUCAUGGCCUAUGCCCUCGAGUACAACGAUGAGAAAGGAAUAUGUUUUUUCACUGAUUUUCUCGUCGUUGGUGAAAACCACGAAACUUUUGAUCUCGAAGGAGACAGCGGCAGCCUCAUUAUUUUGACAGCGCAGGACAGUGAGAAACCUCAACCGGUAGGAAUAAUAUGGGGGGGAACGGCAAACCGUGGGAGACUGAAGCUUAGGUGUGGUCAUGGACCGGAGAAUUGGACUAGUGGAGUUGAUCUUGGCAGGCUUCUUAAUUUCUUAGAACUUGAUCUAAUCACAACAAAUGAAAGUCUGCAAG